GCAAGGCUGCCUGUCCUGCUCGCUCAGUGUCCAGACAUCGUUUUAAAACGCUGCUUUUCUGCAAGGAUACCAUCGUUCCGUCAAGACUGGUGACACAACCGCGCGGCCAGUAUGGAGGAUACAAGCCAGAUGUCACAGUUAUCCGAGAUGUCGUCAGUUUCAACGGCCGCCCCCAGCGAUCGCACGGCGCAACGCGAGCAGAAGCGGAUGAUCGUGCGUGCUGGCAUAGUCAUCAUCAUCCUGCUGCUCAUCAUAGACGCCAUACUGCUGUACCUGUGGCUGACGGCAGAACCGAAGGUCAUCUACAAGAAGGUCACCAGAGUAGACUCCAGCAGGCGCCUGUUUCAGCCAUCUCACCUUGAGCCGAGGGACACUGACGACACUCUGCUGCUCCUGGAAGAGCUGUCGUUCCCUAGCAUGGACACCGCCUCCGACCGCCGCCACAGGCAGAGCAUGUGUAACUCCUCAGGCUGCCUGUGGCUCCAGGGGUACCUCAGAGGACGCAACAGCGGCUUGGGCCACAUCCAUAGCCAGAGCCAGAGGGGCGGCCGACCGGGUCCCUGCGACGACUUCCAUGAGCACGUGUGCGGCUCGAGCCGCCACUCACUUUACAGGGAUGGCGUCGCGCGUCUCAUGCUCGCCGUCGCGGAACGGGUCACGGAAAGGCUGCGCGUAGUCCCCGGAAGCGGAAGUCGACGAGCGGAAGCCGCCGGCACUGGGGACCCGGAUGAGGAUCAUGCGAUAGUCCUAGAGCGGUGCCUGCAAGGUGGAGCAGUGAUCACCAAGGAAAACAUUACGAGUGCCUGUGGGAAAACACGGGGCGAAGACUGCCCACCGUCAUUUCCCGAUGCGACUCUGGGGAUCACCGAGCGCUUCUUCCGAGCCAACAGCAGCGCCAGCAUCGACGACUUCGCUGCUUUCGUACAAAGCCUUGCGCCGAACCUGAGCAGCGGAGGCCACUUAAACUCUAGCCAGGUCGGCUUGGUCAAGCCAUUCCCCAGGCGGUGGAUCUCCACAACGUGCCGAUGGAUUGAGCUGUCAGCGCGUUGUCAUCUGGAGCGGAGUUUGCAGUCCAGGGGCUCUGUGGGUCUCGCGCUUUACCAGCAGAUGUGGAAGCUGCUUUACUUCGCACCUUUCUUGGGUAGCCAGGCUCGUCCACUGGUAAAGGCAGCCUACCAGGAACCCCCCGAUCCUCAGCUGCAAGCUUGUGUCCGCUUCAUUAACGACGCGUUUCGGCAAAAGACCACCCAGGCUGCCAAGGCGACGCUGUUGGAGGCUGUCGAUGGCUUACACGACACCGUCGCCCAUUUCGUAUGGGAGACCCGCCAGGCAAAUAUGGUCACAUGA